CGUGAUACACAAUCUGCACAAAAAAUCUGUUUUCUGAAUUCAAACUGUUAUGCGCGUCUGCAUAUAACACUAACCACUGGUCACCGUUAUUUACAAUAUGGCGGAGCUACCUAGAAACUUCACUUGUUACGGAUAAAGGGUCUUACACGGACAUUGAAAAUGGAAAAAUUGCCUGACAAUGUCUCAGAAAACCAGAAGGAAGUGACAGAUCCUGUUCCAACUAGUGAAAGAGUGGUUGCAGGGGAUGAAAGGCUUGUAGCUGGGGCAGAGGCUAAGGCAGACUUUGUGGAAACACUUAAACCCAAUACUGAAGAGCAUCAAACUGCUGACAUCACAGAGGCAAAGAAUGAAAGUGACACAGAAGCAAUAACUAAUGUAGACGCUGGAACAGAUGUUUCUAAAAAAGCCAAACAGGAAGGUGCAAAUGGAACUGCUGAAGAACAAACUGCGGAGGAGAGUACAGACAUUACUGAUGUAGAAGAAGAAUCUCAAGAAAAUAGUGAUGGGGCGGGCGAGGGCACAGAACCGCAUCUUGAUGACGAAGGGAGAACAAUGAUGUUUGAAGAUGGCCUGAAGCAUGAUAAAGUUGGCGAGAAAAACGAAGCACUGAAGUGUUACCUGAGGUGUUUGGUUGGCCUUAAACAGGACUCCCGGUUUGCCUUGCUACCACAGUGCCUGAGAAAUAUUGCUGAUAUUUACUUCAGUCGGGAUGAAUAUGAUAAAGCAGUCAGUUUCAUCCAGGCUGAGAAGCUGUACUAUGAAAGUGUACUCAUUGACGACUCCGAACUGCAAAAACACAUCGAAGAAGCCAUGGCAGCUGGUGACCCUACAGGUGAAAAGGUCAAGGACAUUGAUAUAGACGCACUGCGCGCCACAGAAUACGAACAACUUGCAAGACUUUGUAUGGAUGAAAAGCAACCGGUCUAUUACAGACCCCAGCUGGCUCUGGAGUAUGCAGGAAAGGCGACUAAGUUACGACAGAAAGUGUACGGUGAUGGACAUCCAAUUGUGCAGCAAACCCUCGAUUUCUUUGCCACAGUCUACGCAGAGGUUGGGAAAGUCCAGUACACCGAAUCUAUGGGCAAAUACGACCCUUCAGAGAAACUGGAUUUGUCAGGGGAGAUAAAACCUGCCAGCUCUUCCACCACUGAACCAACCUCCAUCUUGAGAAAGAGGAAGAGUACUGUGGAAGCAGAAAGGUCCAGGCGGGUGCGGUUUGAUGAGAACCAGGUGCCCCCAGAGGAAGCUGAGCGAGAGGAGAAGUGUGCCCGGUUUGUGCUGCUGCUUUUAUUUAUCACGCUGCUGUUUGUACUGCUGGUCCUGGGCGUGUACAUCUCAUGUUCCCUGAGUCCGUCCACAGGUUGUCGCAAUGUGCGCAGGCUGAUCUAUGACGUGGUUAUGAGGCUACGCUACUGGUACUACCACUACACCACCUCCAGCCAGGACGUUCAGUAUGCUUAGAGACAUGUGUUCGGAAGAGAAAAUAUUAUAUUUCUGUUUUGUUAAGUUUGAUACAUUUUUUAAAUUGCAUUCAAAUAAAUACUAGCAAUCUUUCAAAGACAUUAUACAGUAUGCUUGGACAACUUCAAUAAACAUGGUUGAAAGGUAAAGACAUUUUCAUUUUUAAAUUAAAAGAUGUAUUUAAAUUCCUUACAAGUUAUCACUGCUCAUUGCUCAAGUUAAAUACAAUAUAUAUCAACAAGUUAAAUACAAUAUACACAAAUGUAUAUCAACGUGUUAAAUACAAUAUAUAUCAACAUGUUAUAUUUUUAAAUGGUAUCUUUGUUUUGUUGAGUUUAAAUUAAUAUGCAUUUAAGAGUGUUUUGAAAAAGAAAAGAAAGUAUGUGUAAAGGACAUAUAAUUUCUGGUUUUUAAACGUAUGUGUGCAUUUAAAUAAGAUUGAAUUGAGAUUGCUCUGCUCAUUAUUUUAUUUUAAAACAGUAGUCAUGUUGUUUUUUCCUCAUCAGUUUCUGUCUUCAUUUAAUUAUUAUUCCAUGUACCAUUACGCAUUGAGCAAUAUCCCAACACUGUCAUGGGCAACUGUGUAGCGAUAACCAAAUGCAUAUAUAUUUUUGGAAGUAUUACUUUUUGUAAAGCUUAACUUGCUCUAAGGGAUGGACACACCUUGUAUGGAUCUGAACAUGUCGUUUUUGGGACGUUUUGUUUAAAUGUCAUAAUAUAUUUAAGAGUAUAUUUAGACAUAUUUUUUGGAAAUAAUUGUUUUACAAUUUUGAAAAUUUUGUGAAUAAAGUUAAUUACAACGUUUGUAAAUCUACGCAUGUUUGUAUUGAUGUAAUUAAUAAAUGAAAGGGCUUCGAAGUAUCAGUAAGCAACAAGUUACAAUUUUCUUUGUGUUUUUUCCACUUCAUGUUUCAAAAGUUUGGUUCAGAUUUCUUUAGCAAUAAUCCUUAAUUUAACAAAGUCAUGAAGUAGCUCUGUACCAGUUGCAUUAUUUAAAUGAAAUAAUGUUUUCAGUAAUAAAAAUUUGUAUUUUAAUUAAAAAAACAUGCUUUAACUGUUAAUUUCAGCUAAUUUGUUGCUUUAUUUGUUAUGUCUAGAAGCUCAGCUAUUUUACAAUCAUGUUGGUUGUACCUUAUUCUGUGAUACGCUAUUAAAACCUCAUAUUUUGGAAAAUACGCAUCAAAGUUGCAUUGUCUGUGUUAUUUAUUAUUAGCUGUACAUUUGAAUAAUUAUUUGUACAUUUUUUAUUACGUACCCCACUAUAGUAGUGGGGGACAUAUUGUUUUUGCCUUGUCUGUUGGUUGGUUGGUCUGUUGGUUGGUCUGUUUGUGCCAACUUUAACAUUUUGCAAUAACUUUUGCUAUAUUGAAUAUAGCAACUUGAUAUUUGGCAUGCAUGUGUAUCUCAUGGAGCUGCACAUUUUGAGUGGUGAAAGGUCAAGGUCAAGGUCAUCCUUCAAGGUCAGAGGUCAAAUAUAUGUGGCCAAAAUCGCUCAUUUUAUGAAUACUUUUGCAAUAUUGAAGAUAGCAACUUGAUAUUUGGCAUGCUUGUGUAUUUCAUGGAUCUGCACAUUUUGAGUGGUGAAAGGUCAAGGUCAUCCUUCAAGGUCAGAGGUCAAAUAUAUGUGGCCCAAAUCGCUUAUUUUAUGAAUACUUUUGCAAUAUUGAAGAUAGCAACUUGAUAUUUGGCAUGCAUGUGUAUCUCAUGGAGCUGCACAUUUUGAGUGGUGAAAGGUCAAGGUCAUCCUUCAAGGUCAGAGGUCAAAUAUAUGUGGCCCAAAUCGCUUAUUUUAUGAAUACUUUUGCAAUAUUGAAGAUAGCAACUUGAUAUUUGGCAUGCAUGUGCAUGUGGAGCUGCACAUUUUGAGUGGUGAAAGGUCAAGGUCAUCCUUCAAGGUUAAAUAUAUGGGUCAAAAUUGCUCAUGUAAUGUCACUUCUGUAAUAUUGAAGCUAGCAAUUUUAUAUUUGAAAUGUAUGUGUAUCUCAUGGAGCUGCACAUUUUGAGUGGUGAAGGGUCAAGGUCAUCCUUCAAGGUCAAACGUCAUAUAGGGGGACAUUGUGUUUCACAAACACAUCUUGUUAACCCCCAUAUGGAAGUUUAUUUUUAUGGAUAAUUAUUUUCAUAAUUUAUUUCAUUAUUUUUUGUAAUAAUAACCUCAACUUGUUUUAAAAAUUAUAUUCUUAAAAGUAAACCUUAAAAAACUAUUUAUAUAGUUAUACUAUAAUUGUUAAGAUAUUAACAUUUUGAAGUUUACAUACUGUUCAAUAUGACAUUUUGAAGUUUACAUACUGUUCAAUAUGACAUUUUUAAGUUUACAUACUGUUCAAUAUUACAUUUUGAAGUUUACAUACUGUUCAAUAUGACAUUUUGAAGUUUACAUACUGUUCUGGUUACAAUGGUUAUCAAAAGAGGGAACCCUGGUUCAAAACAAUUGUCAGGAACUAAAAGAUUUCACAUUCAAAAAAUCAUUUCAUGGCCAACCUAAAAAAUUAAAUGUUACCCAUGAUUCAUACAUACCAGUCAAUCUAUAUUUCAGUUCAUUGUUAUGUGUUUUUAUGCCCCCGGUAGGGUGGCAUAUAGCAGUUGAACUGUCCGUCUGUCUGUCAGUCUGUGCGUCUGUCCGAAAACUUUAACAUUGACCAUAACUUUUGCAAUAUUGAAUAUAGCAACUUGAUAUUUGGCAUGCAUGUGUAUCUCAUGAAGCUGCACAUUUUGAGUGGUGAAAGGUCAAGGUCAUCAUUCAAGGUCAAAAGUCAAAAAAUACAAUCCAAGGGAAGUAGUAAGCUUUAAAAGGUAGAUAAUUUCUAAACCUGCCAAAUGAUAUAUUGAAAUUUUAUAGGGGGCAUUGUGUUUCUGACAAACACAUCUCUUGUUAAAUAAUGAAAAGUAAUGUUUUGAAUGCAUUGUAUAAAUUACAUUCGUGAAGUACUUAUGAUGUUAUCACCUUGUAACAAGAUAGCUCUCAUGCUGUUGCUUGCAUUUUUUGCUGUAUAACAUAUGGACCGUGCUCUGUGAACAGAGGGUUUAAUGCAUGUGGGUAAAGCCUCAUCCAAGAUUAGACUGUGCAGUCAGGGACGACACUUUCCUCUUCUAUGGUAUUGUACCUUUAAAGAUAGUCUCUUCUUAGCAAAAUUCCAGUUAAGGCGAAAAGUGUUGUCCCUGAUUAGCCUGUGGGGACUGCACAGGCUUAUCUUGGACGUCGAUUUCCGAACAUGCAUUUAACCCCCAUUUCACCCCACGGCUCAUAUACUUUACAAUGUAGCUUUAAUACUUCUAAUACACAGACCACAAUCAUUGCUCAAAAUAUAUAAGAAUAGUUGUGUAAGCCAGGUAAAUUUCUUUUGAAUGAUUUACCAUUCAGUAGUGUCAGGUUUUGGUGGACAAUUAGUAAUGCAGGGUUAUUAACAUGCUAUAAAAUUGAUAUUGUGCAAGAUAUAUAUCAUAGAUAACACCACAGGUUUAUGUCUGGGGUGUAGCGGUUUCAUAGAUACUCAGUAUUGCAAUGUUUUUGUUUUGAGGAAAAUUCAUAUAAGCUUUGGUGAUUGUGCAGCAUUCAUGUUAAACAUUUUACUAACUGUAGCUUUAAUUUUACCAUUAGGCUUAAUUCACAUUUAAACAUUUUUUUAGUCAACUUUAUUUAAGUUGAACAUUAUAUAAAGUUAAUUCAUGAUAAUCAAACUAUUUUAUAACUUUUAUGUUAUUUAUUUCUUAACUUUGCAUGUAAGGUUUAUAAGCAAUAAGUUGUUUUCUUCAAUGAAUAAGUGUUAUUCUUCUCUGAACUAUCAUUUGUGAGUUUUAAAUCUCCUCAUUGCUCAUUUAUUACAAAAUAUUAAUAUUAUCAUCAAUACUGUAUCUCAAAAUGUUCUAUUGCUUUUGUUGUGUUGAAAAUAUGUCUAUAUUAAUCAAGCAAUGAGAUUGGUUUAUUUUUGCAGUGUAUAAAAAAAGAUCAUCAGUGUUUCUUUGAUUCAAGCCAUAUUCUUGUUGAGGAUCUUGUCUCCAUCUUCUGCGUUAAUUACAUUUACUUCUGUUUUUCAUUUUUCAGAUGUUUUGACUUGCUUAAAUAUUAACAGUAAAAGAAAAAGCACUAAAUGAAAAUCAAAUUUGCGGUAUCAAUAAUCAAUCUCAUUGACAGACUACCUGCUUCAUAUUUUGAAUUCUCUACCUUUGAUAAUGCUUCAAACUAAAAAAAAUAACCAACUGGAACAAAAAAAGAGAUCAUUUUACACAUCAUAUUCUAUUUAACAACAAAUACAAAUUUCCCUUUCAAUAGAAGUGAUUACUAUUUUCUCUUUCUUUAUAUAAAAUUUUAAGUGAUUUAAUUAAUUUUAGUUUUUUCACCCUUAAUGGACUUUGUAGAGAAACUCAUUUAACUUAAUGAUCUUGCAGUUGAUUUUGCUUUGUUAAGUUGUUACUGGUUGUUACACCUCUUGUAUACUGGGCAAUUGUCUGCAUUUAUUGAAUACUAAGAUGUUAUAUUGUUUGUGUCUCAAAUGAUAUCAAAAUUAAUGUCUUGCCAUGGAAAGCUGGAAUUUCCAUGUGUGUUUUGAGUGUUAAAGAAUAUACAUACUUUUUUAUGCCCCCAGUAGGGUGGCAUAUAGCAGUUGAACUGUCCGUCAGUCCGUCUGUCUGUCGGUCUGUGCGUCCGUCCAAAAACUUUAACAUUGGCCAUAACUUUUGCAAUAUUAAAGAUAGCAACUUGAUAUUUGGCAUGCAUGUUUAUCUCAUGGAGCUGCACAUUUUGAGUGGUGAAAGGUCAAGGUCAUCCUUCAAGGUCAAAGGUCAAAUAUAUGGCUUCAAAGCGGCGCAGUAGGGGGCAUUGUGUUUCUGACAAACACAUCUCUUGUUUAAUUAUUCAUUUGAUUAUUGCAUGAUCAAUGGUGUUUGGUCGAAUCAUUAAAUAUUCACAUGAAAUCAUAAAUGUAUCAACCAGAUAUUAAAAUUUAAAGAUGUUUGAUUCUUUAAUGAAAUUAAAGGGCAAAAUUAC